AUGAAAAAAAAAAUUACAAAUCAUAAAAAAAAAAAUGAGAAUGCAAAAUUAAAUAUUGAUCACGAUAAUUCAUCUGAUGAUAAUGACAAAACUCCACAAAUAGAUAACAUCUUUAAAAAUCUUAUUGUCGAUAGUUAUAAAAGUAUAAAUGAUAUAAACAAUUAUAUGAGACAAUCGAAUUUAUUGUAUAAUGAAAAAAAAGGUAAGAAAAAUAAAGCACACCCUUUAGAUAGUAAAAACACUACAGCUAGGAAAUAUAAUAAAUAUAGAAGAAAUGAACAGAAUAUAAAUAAACUAAUAAAUUAUGAUGAUAAAAAAAAUUAUGAUGUAGAAAUUUGUGAUGAUAAAAAGAAUUAUGAUGUAGAAAUUUGUGAUGAUAAAAAGAAUUAUGAUGUAGAAAUAUUUGAUGAUAAAAAAAAUUACGAUGAUAUAGAAAUAUUUGAUGAUAAAAAAAAUUACGAUGAUAUAGAAAUAUUUGAUGAUAAAAAAAAUUAUGAUGAUAUAGAAAUAUUUGAUGAUAAAAAAAAUUAUGAUGAUGUAGAAAAUUAUGAUGAUGUAGAAAAUUAUGAUGAUAUUGAAAAUUAUGAUGAUAUAGAUAAUUAUGAUGAUAAAAAAAAUUAUGAUUAUAAGUUUCCAUAUGAUCAGGAUAUAAUAUAUGACGAGAAACAAAAUAAUAGUGAUGUUGUCAUUAUAGGAUACAAGAAUUUAAAAAAGGGAAAGAAGAAAAUUUCUCUUGAUAGUUUUAAUAGUGAGCUAAGCCCACAAAGUAACACAUCUCCAAUAUAUAUAAAAAAAAAAAUUCAUGAAAUUAAUUAUCAUUUUAUACAAAAGAAGAAAAAAAAAAAAAACCAAAAAAAUGGUGAAGUAAAUAAGAAAUAUUCCAAAAAAUUAUCUAUUAAUAAAAAAAAUAAAAAAUAUAAAAAAAAUAAAAAAUAUGAAAAAUAUGAGAAAAAUAAAAAAUAUGAGAAAAAUAAAAAAAAUGAGAAAAAUAAAAAAAAUGAGAAAAAUAAAAAACGUGAAAAAAAUAAAUCAGGUCUUAUAAAUAACGUUAAGAAAAUCAAAAGAAAUAAAAAGUCCUUGUUAGAAGAAAACCUAAAUGAUUCUCUUUUUAGUAAUGAUGAACAAGUUAAUGAAAAUAAAUAUAUAUUAGAUAAAUUAUUAAUUUCCUUAAAAAAUAAUGCUGAUGCCAACAUACAUAAAAAGAAAAAUUUUUAUAUUGAAUAUGAAGGUAAUGAUGAUUUUACAAGUUUUAAUAGUAAAGAAAAUCCAAACGAUCACUUUUUAUAUAUGGAUAAUGAUGAAAUAAAUAAUAAGCUUAAUAAAAAUAAAAUGUACAGUUCAUCAUAUAGUACUACCAAAAAAAAAUAUAUAUAUAAGUCACAUAAAGGUAUAUAUGAUAACGACUAUAUGUUUCAUAAUAACAUUUUUAAUAAUAAAAUUUAUAACAAUGAAAUUUAUAAUAAUAAAUUUAAUAUUUAUAAUCAUAACAUACUUAGUAAUAACAAUUCGAAAACAAAUUUGAAAGGAAGAAUGUCACUUCAAAUGUCACAUGAUAUAUCUCAAGAACCAUCAAAUACUCGAAAUUAUUUUGAAAAUAAUAAAAAUUUUGAGAAAGAAAGAAUAAAAAAAAAAAUGAAGAAAAUAAGUGACCUAAACUUUUUAAAGAAUAAUGUAGAAUAUGAUUGUAUAGGAUUUGUUUGUGAUGAAGAAUAUAUGUGUGAAAAAUUACAUUUUGAUGAGAAUCAUGUAGAAAGUCCAGAUCGUAUUAAAUGCAUUAUUAAAGCUUUAAAAGAAAAGAAAUUAAUAAAUAAAAUGGUUCAAAUAAAAUGUAGAGAAGCUUUAUAUGAUGAAAUUAGAGAAUGUCAUUCAAGUACACAUAUUAAUAAUAUAUUUUAUUCCUUAAAAAAAAAAUUAAAACAUAAUAAUCAAAGUGUUAUAUAUCCUUUUGACAAACACGAUACGUAUUAUACAUCAUAUACAGGAACUGUUUCUAUUAGAGCUAUUGGAGGUUUAUUAAAUUUAUGUGAUGCUAUUUUAUGUGAUAAAAAAGAUAAAUUUAAAUAUAUAGAUUUUAAAAAGUCUUUACGUUAUAAUUAUGAUUUUUAUAAAAAUGUGAAUACGAAUUCUAUAAAAAGAAAUUAUGAAUCUAAUAAUAUGUAUCAUAAAAAAAUUUUCAGGCGUUCAAAAUCAGAGAGUAGUAUAUAUAGGAAAUGUACUAACUACCAUACGUUUAAAGAUUUUGAAUUAUUUAAUAAUAAUAAGAAUGUAUAUAAAAUGAAUACAUAUCAUGAACAAAUUCAAAAAAAAAAAAAUAAUAAUAUUAUUAACAGUGAUAAUAAUAAUAAUAAUAAUAAUAAUAAUAAUAUAAAUUGUUCUAUAUAUAAUUAUAAGAAUGAGAUAGACGUACAGAAUGAUGUACAUAAUAUAAAUAAUAUUUAUAUGAAUAAUAAUAUUAUAUCUGAAGAAAAUAAUUUAGAUUUAGAAGCGGCUGAUUAUAAUUUUGGUAAUGAGAAGGAUGAAAACACAAACGAAUCAUAUAAUGAAGAGAAUAAUAUUAAUGAGAAGAAAGAUUGUAUAAAUCAAUCUAAUAGUAGCAAUAAUUCUUAUUAUAAUGAAAUAAAUCAAAGAGAUAUUAUUGAUUAUAAUAAUAAUAAUAAUAAUAAUAUAAAUAAUGAUUAUGCUAUAUCUAAUAAAUUAAGUAUAUAUGAAAAAUUGAGCAUGGAUAAUAAGUUAAGCAGCAUAUCGAAUAAUAGUAAUCAUCAAGAUAUUCUUGCGACUUCUUUUAAGAAUGAUGAAGAAAAUAUACAUAAGAAUAAGAACAGAGAUGAAAUAAUAAAUUGUAAUAAUACAAAUGUAAUAGAAACGGAGUAUUUAAAUAAAGUAUGUGAGAAUGAUAAUUAUACAAAUAAUUAUGAAGAGAAUUAUAAAAAUAAUUCUUUCCUCAAUAGUAAUAAUUCGGAUAUUUUUAAUUUACCAUAUAGAAGUUAUUCUUCGACCGUUUAUAGUAUGGAUGAUUGUAAUGAUGUUAACACAUUUACUGAUAUUAAUUGUGGAUUUGCGGCUAUUAGACCUCCUGGUCAUCAUUGUAGUAGGAGUCAUCCUUCGGGAUUUUGUAUUUUUAACAACAUUAGUGUAGCUUGUAAAUAUAUUUUUAAAAAAUAUGGGAUAAGAAAGGUUUUUAUAUUUGAUUGGGAUGUACAUCAUGAUAAUGGGACUCAGGAAAUAUUUUAUGGAGACAAGGAUGUUCUUUGUUUCUCCAUACAUCGAUUUGAUAAAAAGGUAGAAGAAAAGGAUAAGAAAAAACGACGUGUCAAUAAAAAGAAGAAGAAAAAUAAAAAUCAUAAUGGGGAUGGAGCCUCAAAAUAUGAUGAGAAUAAAAAAAAAAAAUAUGACAUUAAGAAGGAUGAUGAUAAUAAAAAAGAUGGUGAUAAUAAAAAAGAUGGUGAUAAUAAAAUAUAUGGUGAUAGUAAAAUAUAUGGUAAUAAUAAAAUAUAUGGUGAUAGUAAAAUAUAUGGUAAUAAUAAAAUAUAUGGUGAAAAUAAAAAAGAUGGUGACAAAAUAUCAAAUUUAGAGAAAAACGUAAAAUACGAAAAAACAUCUAAUAAUGAUAAAAAAUAUAAAAGAAAAAAUAAGAAAUCUAGAAAAACAUAUGAAGAAAAUUUAUUUUAUCCAAGAACUGGUGCAAAAAAUGAGUUAGGAGAAAAAGAAGGUUAUAAAUUCAAUAUUAAUGUACCAUUAGAAAAAGGAUAUAAUAAUUGUGAUGUAUAUUAUGUUUUUAAAUAUUUAUUAUUGCCAAUAUUGGAAAAAUUUAGACCAGAAUUUAUUUUUAUUUCUUGUGGAUUUGAUGCAUCAAUUAAUGAUCCAUUAGGAGAAUGUAACUUGACACAUAAUUUAUAUCAAUGGAUGACAUUCCAAUUAAAACAUUUUGCUAAUAUAUUUUGUAAUGGUAGAAUAAUUCUAGUCUUGGAAGGUGGAUACAACCUAAAUUAUUUACCAAAAUGUGCUUUAGCUUGUAUUAAAGCGUUAAUAAAGAAAAAUAAAAGCACAACGACAGAUAAAGAAUUUAUUAAAAAGUUGUAUCAAAAUAAUGUAAAUAAUAAGGAAACGCAUAUUUUGAAUGAUCAGAAGGAAUGUAUUUCUAAUCAAGAUUCAUCAAAAAGGUUUUUGGAUGGACAUGAAAAAAAAAAAAAAAACGACGAAAAUAAUGUAAACCAUUGUGAUAAUAUAAAUGAUGCCCAGCUUAUUAAUAGUAAUAAUAAUAUAAGUGAUGCCCAGCUUAUUAAUGGUAAUAAUAAUAUAAAUGAUGCCCAGCUUAUUAAUGGUAAUAAUAAUAUAAAUGAUGCACAAUUUAUUAAUGGUAAUAAUAAUACGAAUGAUAUGUAUGGUAUGUAUGGUAUGUAUGAUAAGCAUUAUUUGAAUAAUCAUAAUUUAGAUAAUGAUAUAGAUGAAAAAUUAAAAAAUAAAAAAACGUAUGAAUCGUUUGUUUCAACAAAUUGUGUUCAAAAGAAUGAAUUUCUGAAUUACCGUAAAAAUAAUUUUAUAAAUAAAAAAAAUAUGAGUGAUCAUGCAAAUUUUUAUAAAUUAAAAUAUUCCUCAUAUGAUAAAUAUGAGAAUAAAGAUAAAAAUUAUUAUUUUAGAAGAUUACAUACAAGUAAUAAUGUGGUUUCACGAACUAAAGAAUUAAUUACCAGUGGCUUGUUACAUUAUUCUACUUAUAAAGUUAUUAAAUAUUUUUUAAACGUAUUAAAAGGAGAACCAUACUAUUUAGAUAUCGAAUUACCAACUUAUAAUGAAUUUAUAAAAAAAAAAAAAUUGGAAGGUAGAGAAAUAAAUCCAGAGAGAAAAAUUAAAAUAAAAAUUAAUAAAUCAUCAGAAUUUAGAAAAAAUGAUUAUUCUUUUAAUAGUUAUGAAAUUAUGAAUUCAUAUAUGCAACAUAAAUUAAACAAAUUAAAACAUAUUAAUAAUAUAUCUAAUAAGAAUUUACAAGAUAUGUUUAUAAAACAAAAAAAUUUUAAAUAUACAGAUUCUUCAACUACUAUAUCUAAUAUGUCACAAAGUGAUCUAUAUUUAUCAAAUGAUGAUAUAAAUUAUAGUAGUUCUUGUAGCAGUACUUGCAAUCGAAGAAAGGUAAUUCUAUUAAAUAAAUUAAAACUUAAAAUAAAUCGUGGUUUGAAUAAUAUAUAUAACACUUCACCUAAUAAUAACAAUAAUAAUAAUAAUAAUAAUAGUAAUAAUAAUAAUAAUAAUAGUAAUAAUAAUAAUAUUAUGGUGCACACAGAAAAAAAAACAUAUAAAAAGAAAAAAAAAAAACAAAUAAAUGAUAUAAAUCUUAAUGCUCAUGUACAAAUGAACAGGACACAAAUUAAUACAAAUGAAGAAAAUGAAAAUAAUAAAAUAUAUGAAAAUGAAAAUUUGAAUUCUAAUAAAAAUAAAUCUAACAGAAAAAUUAAAACUAAUAAAAACAAAUUAUUGAGUGAUAAUUUAUCAAAUCUUCAAAAUAAAAAUAAUAUUAAUAAUACACAUAUAAUACCAUAUGCCGAUUUAGAACAUAUGAAUGAUGAAAAUCAGCUGGACAGCCAUAAUUCAUCAAACGAAAAAUAUAUAAAUAAUUAUUAUAUGAAUUGUGAUUUAACUAAUCUUAAAUAUAAUGAGAAUCAGGUAUUAAAUACAUUUAAUAUAUAUACCAAAAUAAAAAAAGGUUUUAUAUUCUUUUAUGGAAGUGGUCAUAGAAAUCAAUGGAUUUUACCAGUACAUAAUAAAAUUACAAAAAUUAUAAAAUUAUGCUCAGAAUCUGAAGCCUUUUUUUAUGCUUGGCUAUAUCUUAGUUGUUUAAAAAAAAUAAAUAUUUCAAGAACCAAGAACAAUUAUACAUCCAUAUUAGAUAAUAAUGAAACUAUAGAAAAUGUAUCUAUUCAACUACCUUUUGAUGAACCUGAACAUAUUCUAUGUAAACAAUUUAUUAAAUUCACAGUCCCAUGUUAUCAUAUAUUUUUAAAGCGAAAUCAAAUUAAUAGCAUACAUCAAAAACAAAGUAAACAAUGUAAAGAUGAUCAUAAUAAUAAUAAUAAUAAUAAUAAUAAUAAUAAUAUUAGUAAUAAUACAUUUAUGGAUUAUAUCAAAAAGACAUAUAUUGAAUUUGAAUGGUCUCCAUCGAAAAUUUUUAAAAAUAAUGAAUCUAUAGAAUACAAUGAUAAAAUAAAUGAUCGUACGAAUAAUAUGAUAUAUAACGUAUCAUCAAAUGAAAAAAAAAAUAAUGUGUUAGAAAAUGAUAAUUCUUUAUAUCCAUUACAUAUAAAUCAAAAUAUUCAAGAAGAAGCAGAAAAAAAUGUAGAAGUAGAAGAGCAGGAGCAUAAAACUGCUAUAUGUUUAAGUAAUGUUUUAAGUUCGAUGAGACAUCCAUGUGUUAUGGAUAUCAAAAUGGGAAUUAGAUUAUAUGGUGAUGAUUGUAAUGAAGAAUCUAUACAAAAGAAGAUUGAGAAAGCAAAAAAUAGAUCAUGUUUAUCACAUGGUUUUCAUUUAACUAGUUUAAUAGGAUGGUCCAAAAAAAAGAAAGAACCUUUUUUUAUAUCAAAAGAAGAUGCACAUUCUAUAAAAAAUGAUGAUAAUUUUGUACAAGCAUUUAUAUCUUAUUUUACUGCAUGUGAUAAUAUACAGUUAUCUAUAUUAUUAAUAAAAAAAAUACUUAUUAUAUUAGAAGAAAUGAAAACCUUUUUUAUGGAUCAAAAUUAUUUUGCAUUUUAUGGAACAAGCCUUCUAUUUGUAUUCGAUUCAGAUCCUUCAAAAAAAGAAAAUGAGGAUAAUUAUUCAUCAAAACAUAAAAUAGAAAAAAAUGAAUUAACAAAAAAUGUAUCUUUAUCAAAUGAAAAUAUUAUCACAAAUGAUGAACACAAUAAUUCGUUCUAUUAUAAAGACAAAAAAAAUAAAUUGUGUGAUCAAGAUAAAAUUAAUUUUGAAGAAAUAUUAAACUUUAAGUUGAACAUUGAAAAAGUAUUUUAUGAAUCUUUAUCAAAUGAAGAAAGAAAUAUAAUCUUACAAAAUAAAUUAAAUCAGAAAAUUAUUAAAAGUCUUCAUGUAUAUAUAAUUGAUUUUGCUCAUGCAAGCUUAAAUAAAAACCAAAAUGAUGAAGGAUUCUUAUUGGGUAUUAUAUCACUACACCGUAUAAUGGAUAAAACAAUACAGCGAAUAAAAGAAUUGUAUCUUUCUAAUACGGAUGUAAUGAAUGAUACCGUGUAA